UUAUCACCAAAUUCUCUUUUCAUUCUCCAAUCAUGAGGUGCAAGCCAUUAGAGAAGACAAAGUUGAAGCAUAAGAAAGGUUUAUGGUCUCCUGAUGAGGAUCAAAAGCUAAGAGAUUACAUAAUGAACUAUGGCCAUGGUUGUUGGAGUGCCGUACCCAUCAAUGCUGGUCUGGAAAGGAACGGGAAGAGUUGUAGAUUAAGGUGGAUUAAUUAUCUACGACCAGGUUUAAAGAGAGGCGCAUUUUCAAUGCAUGAAGAAGAAACUAUCCUCACCCUUCAUGGCCUUUUAGGCAACAAGUGGUCUCUAAUGUCGCAACAUUUACCUGGUCGGACUGAUAACGAGAUCAAGAAUCACUGGCAUUCCUAUUUAAAAAAACGGGUAGCAAAAUCGGAAAGUCUUGAAGCUCAGCAUACAAACACAGGAAAUAAUGAAUCAUCAUCAUCCUAUAUGAAUUCAAUGUCAACAAACCUAAGCUUUGAUUCAUCAGAUACUGCAAAUCGUUCGUAUGUUGACAUGGAUCAACAGAUCCCACAAACUCAGAUCAAUAAAUUACCAAAGAUUUUAUUUGCAGACUGGCUUAGCCUAGAAGAGUUUCAUGGACAUAAUGGUUUGCCAUUCAAUAGUGGGGAUAGCAACGGCUCAAAUUACCAAUAUACCCCUGUGAAUGAACUGAUAUCAAAUGAUGGUUCCACAGACAGCACUGAGACUGCUAGCCAUGAGAGCAAUUAUCAAAAUGAAGAUAUGUUUCAAAAUAACCAAAUGAAAAUUGAUCAAAUUUUCAACUUCAAUGGUGGAGAUAUUAAUAUUGAAGACUUCCUGUAUAUGUAAGAACUACUGAAGUGGUAAGAGUGAGUAACAAGUAGUUCACUAAAGUGAUUAUAUUGUCAUAACGAUGUGACAUCAUAGGUUAAUUAAAUAAUAAUAUUGUAUAUGUUUAUGCAUAUAACUCUUG